AUGCCCUCGGUGUCAGCAGGCUAUGCGCCUAGCCUAGACAAACUGAUAAAGUCCCUCAAAGGGCAGCCUCUCGAUGCCUCUGUCGAGAGUCUCCUGUCGCUACUCAAGCGACGCCAGAUCAAGGGCUCCGAGCCCUGCGCCAUCGCGACCGCCCACAUCCUGCUCCAAGUCGUAGCGCGCUCCAAAUGGCACGACGUCGACGCCCUCAUCGAUAACGUCUCGCAGGUCGGCCGUCGACUCGUCAAGGCGCAGCCCACGGAACUGGCCAUUGGCAACAUUGUCCGCCGCGUGCUCGGCCUCAUCCGCGACGAGGCCGCCGAGGAGCGCCACGACCAGGAGGAGGAGACGCAGAGUGAGGCGUCGGCGCCCACCACGCGCGGGGCCGACACGGACGGCUACGCGUCCCCGCGGCCACGGCCCCAGCUCACCUCGACGCUCAGCUCCGCCGGGCUGCCCAAGACGCUCUUCCACCUGCUGUCGGCCUCGCCCGAGGUCGACCUCGCCACCAGCGGCCCCGGCUCGCCGUUCCACAACUCGGGCACCUCGACGCCGACGUGGAAGGGCACCUACAGCCAGAUCCACGCGCUGCGGUCCGAGGUCAUCGACGGCAUCGAGGAGAUCAUGGACGAGAUCAGCCAGGUGGACGACCAGAUCGCGGCGCUGGCCGACGCGCAGAUCCGGCCCGGCGACUUCGUCCUGACGUACCGGCCGUCGACGACGGUGGAGCGCUUCCUCCUGCGGGCCGCGCAGAAGCGCAAGUUCACGCUGUUCCUGGCCAUCGAGGCGGCCGCGGCCAAGCCCGGCGCGGAGCAGCCGCACGCGGCGCUGCGCAAGAAGCUCGCGGCGGCGGGCAUCACGGUCAUCAACAUCCACAACUCGGGCCUGAUGGCGUACAUGUCGCGCGUGGACAAGGUGAUCCUGGGCGCCAAGGCGAUCGUGGCCAACGGCGGGGUGGUGGCGACGGCGGGGUCGGCGGCGGUGGCGCGGGCGGCCAAGGAGCACGGCACCGCCGUCAUCGUGCUGAGCGGCGUGUACAAGCUCAGCCCGGCGAGCCCGUUCGCCGAGGACAGCCUGAUCGAGUGGGGAGACUCGUCGAGCUUUGUCAACUUCUCCAACGGCACCAUGGUGAACAAUGUCGAGAUCCGCUCUGCGUUGACUGAGAUGGUGCCCUCUGCAUUCAUCGACACAUACAUUACCAAUCUGGGGACACAUUCUCGCGACUAUUUGUCCAGCAUCAUUGCCGACCACUACAAGCACCAGGAUGUCAAUUUCGAUCUUGUUGGCGAACGCAUGGUGUAA